AAAAACUGAAGAGAGAGAGAGAGAGAGAGAGAGAGAGCAUGACGCUCGAGCUGAAGAGCACGCCUUCUUCGUCUUCGUCGUCGUCAUCUUCCUCCUCUCGUCUCUCCGUGGAAGCUCUUCGGCCAAGCUAAAGCUCGCGGAGCUGAAAUUCUCUCUGUCGUGAAGAAGUUAAUUUUAAUUGAAUAAUUCAACUCCUAUCAAGUGAAUUAUGGGCGAGGAAGGUUUGGCAAAUGCUGCUUCUGAAUCAGAAGCAGUACUAGCACCUGCAGAAAACGGAACUGUACCUCACGACAGCAAUGUAGUGAGUGAAAGGAAAACUGAGGAAAGAAAUGGAGUGAAGGAAAAGGAAGAUGAUAAAGAUGAAGAGAAAGUGGAAACUGAGGAAAUGGAUAUAGGCUGUGAUUUAAAGGUAGGCCAUGAUAAGAAAGAACAAAAAGAAGAGGAAAAACCUAAAACUGAAGAGAUGGAAGAAGAAGCUCCUGCUGGAAAAAAGGAAAAGCUACCUGAGGAAAUGAAGGAAGAUGAAGAGAAUUAUGAGGAGGGGGAUAAAGGGGAUAGUGAUGGGGUAAAAAAUGGGGAAGGAAAGGAUGAAGAAGUUAAAGAGGAGAAGCUUGGAGAAGAGAAGGAAGAAGAGGAUGAAGAGGAAAAGAAUGAUGAAAAGAAGGUCGAGGAGAGUGAGGAGAAGGAAAAGGAGAAGACCAAGAGUAUGGAGGAGCAGACUGAGACAGAGAAGGCUGAACAAAGUAAAGAGGAGAAAGGGACAAAAAGGCGGAGGAGGCAGAAGAAUGCUGGGGGGAAAGUUGAAGGAAAUAAGAAACAAAAGGAGAAGAAGGAGCUUAACAGGACCCCUAGGACUCCUACUGUAGAUCGUCCUGUACGAGAGAGGAAGUCUGUAGAGCGGUUGGUGGCAUCUAUUGAGAGAGACGCCACUAAAGAUUUCCAGAUAGAAAAGGGCCGUGGAACACCAUUGAAGGACAUACCCAACGUGGCUUUCAAAUUGUCAAGAAGGAAGACGGAUGACACCUUUAAGCUGCUGCAUAACAUCCUGUUUGGAAGGAGAGGGAAGGCAUUCCAGAUCAAGGGUAAUAUAUCAAGGUUUUCUGGUUUUGUAUGGCAUGAUAAUGAGGAGAAGCAGAGGAAUAAGGUGAAGGAAAAAUUUGACAAGUGUACUAAAGAGAAAUUGCUCGAAUUGUGUGAUGUGCUUGACAUACCAGUCUCGAAGACAUCCACUAGGAAGGAAGAUAUUGUCACGAAGCUGAUUGACUUCUUGGUGGCUCCCCAUGCCACAACAACUGUGCUACUUGCUGAAAAAGAGUCUGGUAAGGGCCAAAAGCGCAAGAGGGCGGUGAAAGGGCCUUCAUCUGCACCUAGGAGUUCCUCGAAGCGGACGGUCAAGAGUCGAAGAAAGACUGAGGAUAAUUCGAAAAAGGAAAGAAAGAAGCCUGCUUCUGAUACAGAAGAUGAUUCGGAAGAAGAGAAGGAAGAGGAGAAGGAAGAAGAGCAAGAAGAUGAACUAGAACAAGAAGAAGAAGAAGAAGUAGAAAAUGAAAAUGGUGUUCCAGAAAAGUCUGAUGAUGAGAUGCCGGACCAAUCAGAAAGUGAGGAAAAAGAUGUUUCUGAGGAUGAGUCUGAAGAAGACACAGGGAAGAAGAAAAAAGGCCGUGCAAAAUCAUCCGGUAAAAAGGAAUCUGUUGGAAAAGCCAAAAGAAGGAAAAGAUCGGUGUCAAACAAAUCAAGUCCACCACCCAAAGCAACAACAAAGAAAUCAUCAUCAAAGCGCACAAAAGUUGAUGAUGACAGUGACGGUAGUCCUACGGUAUUCUCUAGGAAGAAGAAUGAAAAAGUAACCAAGAAGUCUUCAACUCCUGCAAAGUCUGCCUCCAAGGAGAAAACUGUUUGUUCUAUUGUGGAAGGGAAAAAAGCUGCCAAAGGAAAGGACAAAUCAAAGGAAGGGACUGUCAAGCCUAGCGAUGUUGAGCUUCGAAAUGCAAUUUGUGAAAUUCUUAAGGAAGUUGACUUCAAUACGGCCACUUUCACCGAUAUUCUGAAACAGCUAGCCGAGCAAUUCGACGCGGAUCUCACCCCGAGAAAGUCAUCUAUAAAGCUGAUGAUCCAGGAAGAGCUCACUAAGCUUGCCGAUGAGGCCGAUGACGAAGAUGGAGAAGGCGAUGCUGAGAAAGACGAACCAGUGGCAGAUGCACCGGAAGUGAAAGCCUGACCCGCAAAAUACAGUGUAGGUAGUUGUAGUUUUUGUGCCUAGUCUUCCGCAUUGUGCGCCUUGUACCGACUGUUUAGUAGUUGUGAAAGAGCCAGCUUUCAUGCAAAGUGAUUUGUACAUGCUGGCAAUCUAACUUACAAAUUAAGAUGUAUCGAUUACUCAGCUGCUCGGCAGUGCUGCAACUAGUUUUAUGUUAAAAUUCGGAUCCAUGGGAACUUGAGAAAA